GCAACAGGAAAAGGGGUGGAUGUACCAUUGCUGAAGUUGAAUUCUAAGUCUAGGUAAUAACUUCAAGACAAGAAGACAUGGCAGCAAAAGCAGAUCUCUCAGAUUCCAGGAAGGACUCAAAUCAAUGUUCAACAGAUGUACAGUCAUCAGUCAAGAAGAAAACUAAGUGUAGCAAUGGCUUGAAGAUGUUCAUGAUAGCCCUGUCAUUCAGUUGGAUUUGCAAAGCACUUGCAGCAGUUGUUAUGAAAGCUUCCAUCACUCAGAUAGAAAGAAGAUUUGGCAUGACAUCAUCUGAAGCUGGUUUAAUUGAUGGAAGCUUUGAAAUAGGCAAUUUACUGGUGAUAACGCUGGUAAGUCAUUUUGGAGCCAAAUCACACAUUCCACGGAUAAUUGGAACUGGGUGUUUAAUUAUGGGAAUUGGAAGUAUUUUAACUGCAUCACCUCACUUCUUCAUGGAACAUUACAAGUAUGACUCAACAUUAAAUGGUAAGCCCCUUGAGAACUCAACAGCCAUCUACACUCCUUGCUCAACUGAUCUCAAUUCAACUAGCAAUAACAAAUCAUCUGUACUAUUAGAGUCAGGUUGCAAAAAUGAAUCUGCUUUACCCAUGUGGAUAUACGUGCUGAUGGGAAACAUGUUACGUGGGAUUGGGGAAAGUCCAAUUACACCCCUGGGAAUCACAUACAUUGAUAAUUUUGCUAAUGAAGGACAUUCUGCUUUUUACAUAGGCAUUUUGCAUUCAUUGGCAGUGAUUGGCCUAGCAACAGGUUUUCUUCUGGCAUCAUUAUGUAUAAAACUGUAUGUGGACAUUGGAUAUGUAGACCUAAGUACUAUAACAAUAAAGCCAAUUGAUUCCCGUUGGGUUGGUGCUUGGUGGCUUGGCUUUCUCAUAGUGGGAAUCCUUAGUAUUGCUGCUGGUAUACCAUUCUUUUUCAUUCCUAAGAGUCUGGAGAAACCAACAAACAAAAGGAAAAUCUCUGCAUCUUUGGAUAUAUCUAGUACCAAAGAAAAUAGAAGCCGGAGGACAAAUUGUAAAAAUCCGGUGCAAACAAAGGAGUCUAAAAAUUUGACAGGUUUUUUCCUCUCCUUGAAAUGUAUCCUUAGUAACUGGAUGUACUUGAUCUACUUGAUUUCAUCAUUGUUUACCUUUAGUAGCUUUAUUGGCUAUAUUACUUAUCUGUCAAAAUAUUUAGAACAGCACUUUGACCAGUCAAUGUCUAAAUUGAACCUUUUACUUGGAAUAAUAGCAAUGCCUACAGUUAGUAUUUCAGUUUUCUUGGGAGGAUUUAUUUCUAGAAAAUUAAAAUUGAAAACCCUUGGAAUUGCCAAACUAUUCUUCAUUUCUCAUAUUUGUGCUAUCACUUUGAAAGCCAUGCUUCCGUCAUUCAACUGUGAAAGAAGACUAGUAGCUGGCUUAACGGUAACUUAUGAUGGGAGUGACCAAGAGACCCAUCCUCAAAACAUCCCAUCUUCUUUCUGCAACUCAGACUGUAAUUGUGAUCCCAUUCUAUGGGAUCCUGUCUGUGGGGACAAUGGACUCACUUACAUGUCCCCCUGUUUGGCUGGAUGUAAAUCUUCAGUAGGCCAUGGAAAGGACUUGGUCUUUCAUAACUGUAGCUGUAUUGAAGCUAAUCAUUUCCAGUCCAGAAAAGCCUCAGCUCAUUUGGGCCAAUGCUCAAGGACAGAUGAUUGUUCAAGAAAGUUUAUUUAUUUUAUGACAAUGCAAACUUUGAGCUCUUUCUUUUUUGGAUUAGGAGGUUCCCCUAAAAUUAUGCUGGCUUUUAAGAAUGUUGAGCCUGAACUGAAAUCACUUGCACUGGGUCUUCAUUUCCUGGUUUUACGAGCAAUAGGAGGAAUUCUAGCUCCCAUUUAUUUUGGAGCAGCAAUAGAUUCAUCAUGUUUGAAAUGGGCCACCAAUAACUGUGGAGAUAAAGGAGCUUGUAGAAUGUAUGAUUCCAUAUCAUAUAGAAAUAUCUUCUUUUCCUUGUGUUUAGGGUUACAUGUACCAGUGAUCAUCUUAAAUAUCAUAUUAUUCAUGAUUAUGAAGAAAAAAUAUGGAGAAAACAAUGGAUCUUCUAAUAGUGGGGAAAUAGAUGUGGAUGAAUCAAACCUUAAAGAGCCUUUAAACAAUAACAUACAGUUUGAAGCUUCUGCUCAUGAGGACAGUGAAACACACAUUUAAAAAAUAUUGUACUACUAUUUGUUCACAACCAAGAUUUCUUUGCUGCCUUUUUUAAUGAGGUCCAAAAGCAUCAGGAAUCAAAAUGUCAGCUAGGAGCAGAUAUUCGAUUCAGUUACAAUGCUCUUGUUGAGCUGAAACCAUCUAUUCCUCUUCACUGAGAAUACCUGCACUUUUUUCUCAUAGAACAAUAAUUAUGGAUAUGGAAGUGAUAAUGACACAAAACCUAAAUAAAAAAGAGGUGGUGGAACAUG